GAAGCCGCGUUUGGAUGGAAGAGAUCUUUUAAGAAUAAAAAAGAAAGAAUUUAAUAUUAAGAAUAAAAGUGUUAAGAUUAAAAAGAAUAGAAACCUGACAAUUAAAUUUAUGGAAACAUAUAUUACGAUAAAAUGUGUGGUUAAUAAAUGCAUUUGUGUUUUGUGUGACGAAAAAAGAAAAAACGUGUGAAAAUAGAAUAAACAAGCAGCCGAAUUUAUUGCUUGUACUAAAGAGUACGCACACAUCUUGUAUGUGUGAGUUUAGCGUACUGCAAUUGUAUAAACUGAAUGUUUGUAUUGGUGAGGAUAACGACAUCGUCGCCGCUUAGCUCAACUUUGCAAACAAUCGAUUAAGUGUACGCUCUCAAAUGGCGGCUUCUGUUAGAGAAAUUGGGAAUCUAUAGAUAAUCUUGAAACAUUGAUUCGUUCGAACCAUUGAAAGAGCAAAACUAAAAAGACUUAAACGUGUAAAGCAUUUGAAACACAACGCCUAAAACUAUACCACGAAAAUUACUUCGGAUUUAGCUUCUUUUUAUUUUGUUUUGUUUUUUUUUUAAUCUCUUACACGCAACUGUUUAUAAUUGAGAAACAAUAGGCCAGCAAAAGGAAAAACCGAGUAAAACUAAUUAAAACAAAAUAACAUACGGUACGAAAAAUUAUUUUCUAAUGCAAUUAAAGAUCUCAAGGGACUAUUUUCAAUUAAACUGCAAUCGUUUCCGUUGGACACUUGGCCGCAAGACUUCGAGCAGCAGUUAUUAAACCUUUUCUUGGAAUUGAGAAAGAAAAAAUUGACAAGAAAGUGACGAAAUUCUUUAAGAGGUAAUAAGUGACCAGAUAUGGCCACGUCACCUACACCUUCACUGGAUUCCAUACGUGGUAUUGAAACCACAUUCAUUGAACACAAUGGCUAUUUGUCCGAUUCACCGCUCACAUUAAGUGGCUCUUCACCGCCAGUUAGUGAUUCGGCAAUUUGUGACGACUACACGAGUACGGUUGUGGUAGGUGCAACAGUUGUAGGACAACAUCAUCCUAUAUCGGCUUCAGUAUCAUCGACUGCUUCUUCAUCAAGUUCGUCGUCGGCGUCGUCAUCAUCGUCCAGUAGUGGUUUAAGUGGUUGCGGCAGUACUUCAAGUAAUACAAGCAACGUUAGUAGCAAUUCGGGCGGUAAUGGCAAUGUUAAUGGUGGUGUAGGCGUUGGCAACGGAAGUGGAGGUCCUGGUAUAAUUGGUAGUGGCAAGGGCAGUCCCUGCAGUUCAUUAUUGGCUAAUUUGAAUGGUACCAGCAAUAUAUGCAGUAACGGUAAUAGCAACAACGGCAACAAUAAUCAUAAUAGUAUCACAACAACUAAUGGUUCCAGCGGCGCUUGGUCACGCUGUACCGCCUGUAAAAGUAAGCAAUCGGAUGCGGUAGCUAAAUGUUACGAUUGCUUACGUUUUCUCUGUGGCAGUUGUGUGACAGCACAUGAGUUUAUGCAUUGCUUUCAUGGUCAUAAUAUUUACCUAUUUAAGGGAUUUGAGCCGGGUAUAAAUAUACCGACUAGUGGUGGAGGAAAUACAUUGACAAAUCAAACGACUACUGGUAUUAAUAAUCCGGUUUCUAUGGAUUUUAAAUUUUCUAGUUCAUUAACCAUGAUGCUGCAGCAGCAGCAACAACAACAACAACAACAACAGCAGCAGCAGCAGCAGCAGCAACAACACCAACAGCAACAUCAUCAGCAGCAUCAGAUGCAACAACAGCAUCUACAAAAGCAACAGCAGCAACCACAACAACCGUUGUCACAGUUAUCCAAAAUUGUAUUGAGUUCCGCGGCAGCAGCAGCAGCGGCAGCAGCUGCUUCUAGUUACACCAACGGAAAUGAAAUAACUGGUACCGAUCUAACACAGACAACAGUCACCGACGAUUUGUUUGGCCCAUUAAUGCCGUCACCUAUGCGUGCUCAGGCCUUAAUGGCCGCUCAGCAUCUUCAACAGCAACAGCAAACGCAGCCAACAGCAUUGUAUUGCCAUCGCCAUAAGAAUGAGUUGUUGAAAUUUAGUUGCCGCACUUGUUGUACUUUAGUUUGUAAAGAUUGCAUUACCCUAGAUCACAUGAGCGGUAUGCACGAAAUCGAACAUGUCCAGGAGAACGGUGUGAGUUCCUUGCUGACAUCUAAUGGCGGUGCCGCACAGUGUUCACCAGAAACGGUACUGCAAACGGUUGUUGCCGAUUUAAGAGGAAAAGUUGGAGAGAUUGUUACUUUAGUUGAUAAUACUGCUCCGCUGGGUGACACCGAUUUGGUUAGCAGCAAAAUUAAAAUGCAAUACCAAAGAGCCAACACCGAAAUCAAUGAGACUUAUCAAUUUUUCUGCUCAAUGCUCGAUGAACGAAAACAGGAAUUGGUGAAAGAGUUGGAGAGUCUUUAUAACGCCAAAAUGACAACAUACACGACAUGCAUACAACGUUCUAAAGAGUUGGUCGACAAGACAUUACAAACGUGUGAUGCGAUGGAGCGUUCACCGAAAGCACAUAGCAUUAGCGAAAUAUUAAUGUUACGUAAAAAUCUUGAAUUGCAGUUGCAAGCAGCCAUUCAGGAAUUGCAAAUGCCCUUCGAAUUGGAAUUCAUGUCAAAUUAUCAGUCCAUACAAGCUGGUGUACGCAAUACUUUCGGCUAUAUACGAGCCUCGGCAGCAGAUCCUAUCUGCGUAAUGCCAAAACAACCUCCUAUCGCUAGACCCACCCAAUCCAUAUCUUCAGCUUCUUCCCAUGGCGAUGGCUCAUCAAAUAGUAGCGUUACUGGAGGUUCUCAUUUACCGGGCGGUUUAGGUUUACCCGCUAAUUUAUUAGACGGUGCUUACACCAACGGUGGUAGUGCUAAUGUAUUAUUGGGACGUUCCAGUAUGUUGAAUAACGCUCACACUGCGAAUAGUUUUGAGGACUUGAUGACAAAACGUUACGCUGUUGCUGCCGCUGUUGCUUCUAACAAUAACACUAAUAAUUCAUCCGCUGCUACCGCAUUCAUAGGUGUACCGGUCACUAACCCGUAUGAGAAAUGGAGUAAUGGUGGAAGUGACAAUUUAUUUACCUCCGCCACCGAUCCAUUCACCAGUGCACAAAUGUUAAACACUGUGGCUUUAACUAAUGGAGGUGCGGUAUGCACUAGUGUAACGUCCACAAAUGUGGCGGCCGUAACGCCUAGUGCUUUAAAUGCUUUAAACAUAACAUCGGGCAGUGGUGUAUCAAGCUCCGAUUCAUUAAUGGAUUUAACUUCAAAAUUACACUUGGCUUCUAUAUAUCCUCCUAAAUCGCAAAUUAAACGCCAGAAAAUGAUAUAUCACUGCAAAUUCGGUGAAUUUGGAGUAAUGGAAGGACAAUUUACUGAGCCCAGCGGUGUGGCUGUAAACGCACAGAACGACAUUAUUGUGGCCGAUACGAACAAUCAUCGCAUACAAAUUUUUGAUAAAGAAGGACGAUUCAAAUUCCAAUUUGGCGAGUGUGGAAAACGAGACUCUCAACUGCUAUAUCCGAAUCGUGUAGCCGUUGUACGGGGCACGGGCGACAUUAUCGUCACUGAAAGAUCACCUACACAUCAAAUACAGAUCUAUAAUCAGUAUGGGCAGUUUGUACGAAAAUUCGGAGCCAAUAUAUUGCAGCAUCCGCGCGGUGUUACAGUCGAUAAUAAGGGCCGUAUUAUUGUAGUUGAAUGUAAGGUGAUGCGUGUUAUUAUCUUUGAUCAGAAUGGCAAUGUGUUGCAUAAAUUCGGAUGCAGUAAGCAUUUAGAAUUUCCGAACGGUGUGGUAGUAAACGAUAAACAGGAGAUAUUUAUCAGUGACAACCGAGCCCAUUGCGUUAAAGUGUUCAAUUAUGAUGGUCAGUAUUUACGGCAGAUUGGCGGUGAAGGCAUCACCAAUUAUCCUAUUGGCGUUGGAAUUAACGCUAACGGUGAAAUUUUAAUCGCCGACAAUCAUAACAAUUUCAAUUUAACGAUAUUCACCCAAGAUGGUCAAUUGGUUUCGGCCUUGGAGUCGAAAGUGAAACAUGCUCAAUGCUUUGAUGUUGCUCUAAUGGAUGACGGAAGCGUGGUAUUGGCCAGCAAGGACUAUCGCCUUUACAUUUAUCGUUACGUGCAAGUACCACCUAUUGGUUUGUAAACUAAACUAUGGAGAAUUGUCGCAUUUGUUUGAUUUUUUUUUUAUUAUUAUAGAAAUUUUUUUCCACUUUCUUAUUUUUGUUUCUUUUGUUCAUUUUAUUU